AGAAAAAUAUACCUGAACACCGCUACAGGUGCGAGACCAAAAACAACAGGUGUGCAAACUAGGACAUUAUCCUCUUCGAAAAUGAUCAUUAUCAAUUCCAUGAAAAACUAAUAAAAACAAUAUAGGACAAUGGAAGAAGCACAUAAAAGGUGUUAUAUAGGAGGUAAAAUGGAAUUAAGAAACGUUUUAAUGUAGGAGACCUGUUAAUACAUAAGACAGAUCCAUCUUCUCAGGCUGAACCAAGGCCAUUUGUUCUGUCAUAUGAAAUAAUUCCAGUCACAUACAGAGAAAAUUCAUGAAUAAGAAAGGCAAUGAUGUUGAGAUAUUGUAUUGUAAUAGCAAAUCUGAUUGGAGUGACAUUAGGAUGGCAUUUAUUAAUGAAGGUGCCCCAGGGUACACUGGGGGGUGCUUCCAGUGUGUAUGACCUUUGGACAUCAAAUAUGACCUUGAACCCUGAUGCAGAUAAUGUGAUGAGUAUACAGCCUGGAAUUCCAUAUAAAUCUGCAGAUGCCCUCAACUGGCAGACCAAAGAUAUAAGUCUGGUGAAGAUAGCAUUUUACAGUGGUGUAGAUGAAGUGGCAUAUAUUGUGUUUGGAGCAGCAGGCCCCUCCUACAAUCACACCGAUUGGCCAGUGUUUCCUAGUGCUACAAACAUUACAAGUUGGUUUGACUGUACAAGGAUUCUAUAUAGCACUUUUUCUGAUCAGCAUCUUACGUCAGUGCCAGAAUUUUGCAGCUUACAUAGUGUUUCCACCCUGGAUCACAGUUUUUCUAUCAUGAGUCAGCCAAUAGAAUCAGCAUCCGACUGUGACAAUGUUACUGGCUGGUUUACAGUUCUUGAACCAGAAAGUAUUAAUUCAGCCAUUCAGUGUAAUUGGCAACCACAAGAUAGCAGUCCACCACAUUUCAUGUUCUCACCUGCCAACAGUUCCGUACCCUUCUCGGAUGCGAAACCUGCGGAUGUAUUUGCGAUAUAUGUUGAUGAUUGUAUUGACAAGACAGUAUGUCACAGUCCAAGCUGCUGGCAAGAUCCGUAUGGCAACUGUUUCUGUAAUGGAUUUAAAUGUACAGAGGCGUGUUCCCAUUUACCAUGUCCAGAAGGCACAAAGUGUGUGACAAGUCCAAAGAAUGAGUCAAAUUAUACAUGUGAAUGUUUAUAUGGUUAUGUUGGGGACAGAUGUAAAAAAACUGCAGAUACAGAUGGGCUUACAGCAGCCGCUAUUGCUGGUAUUGUUAUUGCUAUACUUCUGGCUGUUGGCCUUAUUACUUUGGGGAUAUGGUAUUUCUAUAGAUGGCGCAACCGUGAUGAUCAACUCAAACAGGAAAUGACCCAAAGAGCAGUGUCAGCAAAGGAUUUUGUACGGAGAAGUGUCCAUAGACUGUCUGGUCGUCAGUUCCAAUUCCAACGCAAGCAUUUAAAAGAAGAAAAAGCAAGUCCACCAAUUACUGUAAAAGGGAAGUCAGAACAAUUGUCACCAGACAGCAGUAUUGUGUUUGGUGAGGUAAAUCCUGCUUUUAUGAGUGAUGAACCCUCAACUCCACAGCCAACCCCACCUGUUGAUAGACGUUAUACAGAAUUUCCUACACGUCAAGUUCCUCAGGUACCAGUCUCAGUUUCUGCCACAGAAAUUCAGCUACACGAGAAAAAAAAUCAACAAGAACAAAACCUGAAGCUCACUGUCCCUGAAAGCGGAAAUAAACGUUAUGAAAAUUUGUCGGAUAUUAAAUCCCGGAGAGAAUCUCCUCAUAAUUUUGAUGUGUAUGAUAGAGCAAGUACUAUUGGUAGUUUUGAGAAAGCUAGUACGAUGAGCGAGAUAUCUGAUGCUACAAGUACGUCAGGUUAUAGUGACUAUACUGGUGACACUCCAGCUAAUCUACCACCUAGUGAAAUGAUUUCAAAAGAUGUUUUACGGCAUGGCCAUCAUCGACAUAAAGUUAGGUCACGACCUAGAUCUCGUGCAUCCACAGCAGAUCCUCCAAAACUUAUUGUUGCUCCAGAAACUCCGGAGGGUCAAAUAAAUUAUGCUAUGGAAAGGAGUAGACUUAGUAUUAGCAGUUUAUCAAGCAUGUCAAGUGAAGCGACACAUAAAAGUGAUAGUACGCAGCGCAGCGGUGAACUCACAAAAUCGGAUGUUCUUCGUGCGAGGUAUGAACAUGUUAUGGGUUAUCAUGGUGAACCUGUAGGCAGGUUAUCAAGAUUCGAUCACUUAAAUAGGGUGGAAGGCUUAUCAUAUGUUGACAUUAAAAGACAACUUGAUGCAGAUAUGAGCAGAAGAGAGGCUCGAGAGCGGAAAUUGCAACUUGAACAAGAAAAUGAAGGCCCAUAUGAAAAUGAAAAGGCUAAGAAACAUAGAAUGAGGCAGGUAGAAAGUUUAGAUAGUGGUAUUGAUGCUGAAAAUACAACUGUUGAUAGAAAUAGUGAAGGUAGGAUUCACAUUGUACGAGCACGAUCAGCUGAUCAACUUGACAGAAAUUUGACUGUUAAUUUUAGUUCCAAAGAGGCUACUGUCUAAUUUUUAAUUAUUCUUUUACAUUAAUAAAGAAGUAUUUGGUUCAUUUAUAAUGAAUAUAAUGAAAGAGUUGAAAAAGAACAAAUAUGGACUGUUACAAUGUUUGGCUUUAAGUCUAACUGCAGUCACUUGUACACAGGGGAUAAUGUCUUUUUAUUGUUAAAUAAUAGGGUAUAUUAUAUUGGAAACACUGGGUAGCUUCUACAUUGUAAAUGAUCAUUUUAAUGUAUAUAAGAACAUGCUUCAAACAUAUCAAAUAAACAAGAUCUGAUACUGCUGUAAUAUAUGUCACUAUAGUACAAGUAUUACUGUUAGGCAUCAUUGUUGGAUAGAUUUUGUUUCCUUUUUAGAAAAUGAUUGCAAACUGUUACAUUAUUUUCUGUUCAUUUGGACUUUGUAUUUUUCUAGUCUUUAUAGCACACUUAUAAAGUCAGUGCAAGCUACAUUCUCCCAAGUUAAAUUAAAAAAUAAUAUCAGAAGUUUGGUAGUAUAAGGUCAGUUGACAGAUCAGCAACAUA